CUACACCAAUACCGUGGUCUGCAAUAUGGCAGAGUCCCUCGACGAUUCUCUGAGCCCGAAGCGGUUGCUAUAGACAAUCUUCUUUUGCAACCCGAUUGCACACAGUUUGGGCCCAUCUGUCCUCAGGUUUCUGUUGAUUUUCACCACUUGUUACGCAUUCCAGAAUCACUCAGGGGCGCAGAACAACGACCCAGAUUUGAUGAGUUUGCAUGUCUCAACUUAGACAUCACAGUACCAGAGACAGCUGCGGAGAAACUACCAGUCUUCAUCUGGAUCCAUGCAGGUGGUUCGCAAGCGAUGACCUUCAUGCCAGCAUCAUCUCCGUGUGCAGACAUGGUUCCACUCGUUGCUACGGCUGUGGUACAACAACGGCCCAUGAUUACUGUCUUUGUCAAUUAUCGGCUCAAUAUCUUCGCUUUUGGCGACAGGACAAGCAGUAAGAAUCUGGCACUCAAAGACCAGAGACUUGCCAUUGAAUGGGUCUUUAAGCACAUCGCCCAUUUUGGAGGAGAUGCUGACAACAUUACGCUUGCCGGUGAGAGCGCUGGUGCGGUGUACGUCCAUGCCCAUAUGGUGACCCGAGCUCCCAUCAAGCGAGCGAUUCUGCAGUCGGGAUCACUGUUUCUUUCGCCACCGCAGCCAGAAGCGCGUCGAAUGAUCCUCUGCGACAAACUUGAGACACGUCUACGCCAGACGGGCUACUCUUCCCUGGUUGAAGCUACUGUCCCUGCGCUACUCGAGUCUAUGGAAGAAGCCAACGUAGGGUCAUUUUGGCUGGAAAUGACCGACGAGCUGCGAGACUGGGAGACAGCGCUGGGCGACGUGGAGCACCUCCUUAUUGGCGAUGUCGAGUAUGAGUCGGCCAUCUGGCGAAAUGGAAUCGAGCCUUUGGCAGCGUCUGACAUUGUCCAGUGCUUCGACUUGGCCAAUACAGAUGCCGUACGACUGAAAGAAGCAUAUAAUAUCGUGGAAGAUCGGCCGACAGCCUGCAAGAUUGGGGCACUGGACUUUAUCAAUGAUACGAGGUUCGCUCUGCCUGUCUUGGAGAUACGGGAUGCAUUCCUACAAGCUGGUCGAUGUGCAUACACCUAUACGUUCGAUCAGGCCAAUCCAUGGCAACAGUCGAGCAGAGCCCAUCAUGCCGUUGACCUCCUGAUGCUGUUUGGAGAUCUCGACUUCACUCAUAAUCCCGGAGCGGCUGCAGUCUGCAGAGAAGUGCGGAACAGAUGGGCUAGAUUCUGCCAUGGAGAGGAGCCUUGGCCGUUGCGUGACACGUAUGCUUUUGGUCCGUACGGAACAUGUAGCGUCAUCUCUCCAGACGAGUACGCGAGCCGUCGUCGGCUACAAGCGUGUCGUUUAUUGAAAGAAAUCGGAUCUGACAUGUACAAUCUCAUUUAUGCUAAACUAGCCGCAGGGAGGAUUAGUUUGCUGAACUAAAGCCCGUAGAGCGGGAAUUGAUCCAUGUUGC